CUCCCGAGGAGAUACACGCAGUUGAAAUAUCGGUCUAAAGCAGUGUUCAUUGGGAUAAGAACUUUUCUACAAAGCAUCGUAAUCUUUCUGGAUGCGGGAAGGAUAAUAAAACUUACGAAAAUAGUCGAAAAGCGGAUGUGUGCAGUGUUUGGGGAUUUCAUUCGAAUAUCCAAAGAGAGCACAAUAGCAGCGCAAUGUCCUCCGAUAGGACCGAUUCUACGGAUGAUGGAGACUUAACUUUACUGUCUUCUUCAAUUUCAACUUUAUCCAGUGAUGAAGAGUUUUCUUCAAACGAAGCAAUAGGGAACUUUUUCAUCGGUUAUAGGUUCAUGGCCAUACUUAGCAUCCAGGACGUGAAUGAGGGAUCGCGUGGACCAAAGUUCUUUUGUCAUAUCUGUGAACACUUCUUACACACCCGACUCAGCAUGAUCACGCACAUGAAGAUGCAUCGAAUGCCUUUUUGUCCGGUAUGUUUUGCUAUGUUUCAUCGACCAGUGGACGUGAAUUCACACAUAGUGGAGCUUCAUCCAGAGAUCACCACGACAGAAAUCAUCCCAGCACUGGUGACUGAGGAAAUGCUGUCUAUCGAGGACUCCAUUGUCCCACCGAAUUCACCAAACAACAACGAACAGCAAAAUAUAACGCAGGAGCAAUUGAAUGGAAAGCUGGAUACGAACAACAAUAACUCGAUGUCUUCGUUGUUGGUGGAAAAGCUACGUGAACACCAAAUAGCCAACGGUCUAGUCGAUGAUGAGGGUCAGCACAAUCAACACGAUUUUGAAAUCGAUACAGAGACCCAACUAACCUCAAACCCAGCGGAUGGAAAUGGACGGAGUAUGAGGAAUAACGACAAAAAACCAGUCUCAAGUGGUUCUUCGGGAAAGGCGCCUAAAGGUAAACCGAAAUCCUCGCCCAAGACGAACGCGGGCACCAAAGGGCCUUCGAACGCUGGGCAAGAGGAUAAUAUUAUGAAGGUGACAUCGCGGUUCGGACGUUCCAUCAGUUUGAAAAUCCCGCAAUUCUAAAAAGUCGAUGAAUACCGUAUCUUAUUGAGCCAAUUGGCUUAUCAUUUGCAAAAAUUACAUCAAAUGUGAUUUUUUUUCUUUCUUCAUCAAACAUAACAAGAAUCGAUGUUCUUUCUAUCUUUACCAUCCCAAAAGUAUCCUCAGCGUGAGGUUAUUUUGGAAUAUUAUAUUUGCGUCCAAUAAACUGCUAGAAAUCAGCAAA